GCUUGGAGAUAGAGCUCAAGGUGGACUUCGAGCGCCAGCUCUUCUCUGGCAGGUGCAAGCUGCUUGUGGAGAAGCUGAAUAGCAAGGUGAACCAUGUCUUGCUGGAUGUCUUGGAGCUAAUCAUACACAGCAUCACGGACGCGGAUGGUGAGCCAGUCAAGUGGGAGCUACUAACACCUGAAGGAGCCAGGGCCAAGUUUGGCAAGGCUUUGUUGGUCACUCUGCCUCGGGGCAAAGGGCCAUUCCAUGUCAAUGUGAUCUAUGAGACAACGGAGAAGAGCACUGCCAUCCAAUGGUUAACCAAAGAGCAGACAACUGGCAAAAGGCAGCCACUAUGCUUUACGCAAAGCUGCGCAAUCUGUGGGAGAUCGCUGCUUCCUUGCCAGGACACUCCAUCAGUGAAAGCUCCCUUCUCAAUUCAGGUGACGGUUCCCAAGCCGCUCAUGGCAGUUGCCUCCGGGGAGCCUUCCGGGGAGCCGACAGACGCUGAUGGUCUAUGCACUUUUACCUACGCUCAGGAAGUCCCUGUGAUGUCCUACCUGAUUGCUGUGGUGGUGGGCGAGUUCGAGUCGCGUGAGAUUGGCCGUAAGAGCCGCUGCUACGCUGAGCCAGAGGUUGUAGAGGCAGCCCGCAAGGAGUUUACUGACAUAGUGGAUGAGUUCUUAGAGACUGCGCAGAAGAUUCUGGGCGGCGCGAAAUAUGAGUGGGGCAGCUAUAACGUUGCCGUCUUGCCUUCGUCCUUUGCCUACGGAGGUAUGGAAAACCCAAACUGUACCUUCAUGAGUGCUUCUCUGAUUCCUGGUGACCGCAGCCUCACGCCAACCCUGGCUCAUGAAAUUGUCCACUCCUGGAUUGGAAAUCUCGUGACCAACGCAUACUGGAAAGAUUUUUGGCUGAAUGAAGGCUUCACACGCUACAUCGAGAGGCGGAUAAUGGGCACCUGUGCUGGUAAGCAUCUUCCCUGA